GAGUAAAGAACAGAAAAAGAAAAAAAAAUGAAAGUGUGUGUUUUUAAUUUUCUAUCAACCCUAGACGACCUAACCUAAACUCCACCCAACUCUCUCUCUACCAAAACCGAAUCUGUGUGUUUUAUUAGACUCUUAGUUAGUUCUGGAGGUUUGAUUAGGAAGUUAAUGAUUGUCUCUACUGCUUAUGCAUAGAAGUACUCAAGAUUGUGUAAAAGAUUUAUAAAAAGCUGCUGCUUUUUUUAAGGAUUACAAGGAACUAAAAAGCAAUCUUUUCUUUUGGCUUUUCCAUUAGCUUUACUCAUUUUUGUUUGAAGCUGUAUACCUCAAAUGGAUGAUGGUGGGCAUCGUGACAAUGGUUGGCAUAAAGCAUCUCAGGGCAAGCAGUGGAUGAUCCAGCAGCAGCCGCAGCAGCACCAGCCUUCAAUGAAACAAGUGAUGUCAAUAAUAGCAGAGCGUGACGCAGCGAUUCAGGAGAGGAAUCUAGCCAUCUCAGAGAAAAAAGCAGCAAUAGCUGAAAGAGACAUGGCCUUUCUCCAGCGAGACACGGCCAUCGCUGAGCGCAACAACGCCAUAAUCGAGAGAGACAGUGCUCUUGCAGCUCUACAUUACCGUGACAACUCAAUGCCUACUACUUCACGCCAACACCAACAUCACAUGUUUCACACUGAAAACGCAUAUGAGGCCAGAGAAAUGGAGCCAAAUGAGACGUCACCAAAACGCGGUAAAAGAGCAAAAGAACCAAAGGCGUCGUCAACAACAACAAAAGCCAAAAGAGGGCCAAAAACUCAGAGGAAGGUUAAGAAAGAAAACGAGGACGACUUAACAACCAAGAUGAUGUUUGUAAAGACCAACCUUGACUACGGUGAAGAAGAAGAAACAAGUAGGCAUCUCCGACAAGAAAUGGUGGGGCUUAACCAGGUUGUUUAUGACCAGACAACAAUGCCACCACCGGUCUGUUCAUGUACAGGAGUUCCCAGACAAUGCUACAAAUGGGGAAACGGUGGUUGGCAGUCAUCUUGUUGCACAAACACACUCUCAAUGCAUCCAUUACCGGCACAGCCCAACAAAAAACAUGCUAGAGUUGGUGGUAGGAAGAUGAGUGGAAGCGCUUUCAACAAGCUUCUAAGCCGGCUUGCUGCUGAAGGGCAUCAUGAUCUCUCGAACCCGGUUGAUCUUAAGGACCAUUGGGCAAAGCACGGUACAAACCGUUACAUCACGAUCAGAUAACAUUUGUAUAUGUAGGUGUGAAGCUCUGCUUAUGACACUAUUCUCUGAUUCUAGAUCAUAUGUGCUAGAUUCAAAAUAAACUUCAGAGGAAAAUAAGUGUAUGUUAAGUUGUAUUUAUGUAAUAGAACAAACCUUAGUAACACUUUAGUAUCUUGUUAAGAUAUGCCAAAAUGUUUAUGUUUAAU